AAUGAAAAAAACUCAAGGCCUAUUUCAUAAGAGACAUGCGCAAACUGGAAAACAAAACAAAACAAAAAAAAAAGAAAAAAUGGACCCUUCUUUGUUCUUGAGCUAGCUUGGUAGCUAGCUGGCACACACACAGACACACUUAUAACUGGCUCGAUUCUAGACUAUCAUCAUCAUCAAGAUGUAAUCAUAAAUCGUCAUUGUCAAAAAUUGUCUUGUAGGCAUCCAUCCAUUCCAAUAAUCAACCAACAUAUCAGACAAAAAUCGCAUCUCUCUUGACUAUCAAAACAUCGUAAUCAUAAACAUCAUCAUCACCAUCCAGACAGUCAAUUUGGGAACGGCCAUCUCUAUAGAAGAGAGAAAGAAAGCAAGCAGCUUUUUUUUUUUUUUCAUACAUCUAUUGAAACUCGUUUAUGGUGGUCGACGUUGCCAAUCCGCUGCUGCUGCUGCUUCUUCUACUUUGACAAUAAUGAUAUCAUCAUUCCGAUUGUGACUGUCCCCUUUUUUUUAUUUGUUCCACUGCUUUAAGCAUCAAUCAUCAUUAUCAUCAUUGAUGGUGGUAUUACCAUAUAGCAAAAGCAACAACUUAUUCGAUGACAAGAUAAAUUUUACCCCUGUGUCUUAUUUUUUUUUUUACGUACGUGUGUGCUUGUGUAGUGUUUUAGUAGUGCUGGACUAUACAAAGUGAAAAAAAAACAUCCCCAUUAUCAAUUUGAUCGCCCACGCACAUACAUAUUUUUUUUCGGAUGCUGUGACUAUUGAAUUCGAUCCCAUAUAUUGUCGUUGCCAAAGAAUUUCCUUACAAUCUUGUGCCUUAAUAUACUCAAUAUAUCAAUAUUUAUACAUCAUUAAACCAACGAUAUUAGCAUCACAUUGGCAACCAUAUGAUCUAUUUUUCACACACACACACACACACACACACAUUUAUUUAUAUGCUGGUGAAUUUGUUUAUGGUCGGCUAGAAUCUUAUUCCACAAAAAAAGAAAAAUGGUCUAUGAUGUGCUUGGCUCGAUUCGUAGCCUAAUCAAACUUGAUGAUUAUAGCAUCGAUAAUAAUGUAUUUCGUUUGCAUUAUAAAGCGACCGUUAUUUUUUUGGUCGCUUUUUCCUUACUGGUCACAUCCAAUCAAUAUUUUGGUGACCCUAUAGAUUGUAUACAAAGGGACGAUGUACCACCUGCAUUACUUGAUACAUAUUGUUGGAUUCAUUCAACGUUUACAUUACCUGAUGCAUUGGAUAAAAAAAUUGGUGUCGAAGUACCACAUCCUGGUAUUGAUAAAUAUACACCCGGUGAGAAACGUGUCUACCAUAAAUACUACCAAUGGGUGUGUUUCGUCCUGUUCCUGCAAGCUGUCAUGUUCUACAUACCACGAUAUCUUUGGAAAAUGUGGGAAGGACGACGAUUAAAAAGUCUUGUACUUCAUCUAGAUUCACCCAUAAUGGAUAAAGAUGACCGAGAUGAACAGGUCAAUAUGGUGGUCGAUUAUUUUCGAACCAAUAUCAGAUAUCAUAAUUCGUACUUUUAUUAUUAUGUAUUUUGUGAAUUUUUAAAUUUUGUUAACGUCAUUCUUCAAAUGUAUCUGAUCGACGCAUUCCUUGGCGGAGCUUUCUCUACCUAUGGUUUUGAUGUUAUUCAAUAUACUGAAAUGGAUCAGGAAAAUCGAGUCGAUCCAAUGAUUGCCAUAUUUCCCCGUAUGACUAAAUGUACGUUCCAUCGAUAUGGUUCUUCUGGUGAUGUUCAACGUCAUGAUGCUCUUUGCAUAUUACCACUGAAUAUUGUCAAUGAAAAAAUUUACGUUUUCCUUUGGUUUUGGUUUGUCUUUUUGGCCAUCAUCACUGGAGCAUUGCUUGUUUAUCGUUUGUUUGUCAUAUUUUUGGAUCCUGUUCGUAAAACUAUGCUCAAAUCACGAGCUCGUCUUUGUAAUCCAUAUAAUUUGAACAUUGUUCUUAGUGUAACGAAGAUUGGUGAUUGGUUCUUACUUUAUCUAUUAUGUAAAAAUAUGGAAGGACAAAACUUUCGUGAAUUUAUUGAAAGAUAUUCCGAAGAGAUUAUGAAAUCAAGCAACGGAAAUGAUAAUGAAAAAGAACCGAUAAUAAAUAAAUCUGGAAAUGAAACGCCCGAAGAAAGAUAAAGAUCACCACCACAAAAUAGCAUUAGAUUCAAUUGGAAGAAUGUUUAAAACGGAAAAAAUGGGACCAAAUAAUCAAAAUCCAGAAAACGUAACAACAACAAAAAACCAAUACACAUACCAAUAAAA